AUGGCCACUAAAAAAAAACAAUCGCCGCGCUUCACCGCUGAUGAAAUAUCUAUUCUAUCGGGGCUUGUCGGCAAGCAUAAAACGAUCAUUGAAUGCAAAAAGACAGACUCCGUAUCUUCGAACCUCAAAAACGAGACCUGGGAGAAACUCUGCAAUGAGUAUAACUGCUUACCGGGCGUUAGUCGACGGGACUCUAAUCAGCUCAAGAAGUGUUGGGGGAACCUCAAACAAAAGUGGAAGAACGAGCGCUCGGACGAGAAGCGCAAGACACACAAGACAGUUUACUCUUACGGCGUUAUUGCCUUAUUGAUCAACCUACCUUUCUAUUUUUUACCCGUGUCACAAAAUAUCGUGCUAAAACAUCCCAGCUGUUGUAGAUUACGGGAAUUCAACUACCAGAAGAAGAAAGAGACGACAGGAAAACACGAGACCACGAACGGCAGGAUCGGGGCACGAGAGAAUAAAACGGCCACCAACGAAACGGACGCGCUCGGGAGGGGGCUGCCCCCCACACCCAUGAGCGCAAUUUCUGUGCUUGUGGGGGCAGUAGCGGGGCACAUGGCCACCCGCCUUGACAACGAUAACGACUCCGACGGAGCCGCCUAUCUGCCCCCUGUCCAGAACGAGCCAGUGGUGCGGCUGCUGGAGGGCCUGGUCGACUGCGACCCAGUGUACGAGUGGGCGAAUCGGAGUCGCUCCGCUGCCUGUAACUUGACCCCACCGCCUCCGCUCGAACCGUCUUCGCCGGAGGCGUCGGAGCUGCUGGAAAGCGAGGGCUCACCGGACUCGGACUUGGAGCAAGACUUGCAGCUUUUGGCAGACGUGGCAUGGGAUGUGCAGCCGCUUCCGUUGACUGCCGAAAUGGAAACACAGACAGACGCUGCAAACAGCAAGGGACCUUUGCAGCUCAUGCUCUCUGCCACUGACGGAGCUCUUGGAUCGACACAGGUGACUCACAUCCCCCAAGCAGACAAGGUCACCCAUCCUGAAAAGCCUUGGGCAAGGAGAUGUGGUUUUCUGGGGUACGAGUCUAUGAAGACGUCGGAGCACCUAUUUCAGGAUCUUUGCUGCGUGACUGCAACAGUGUUUACCGUCCUGCUCAACAUGCUCCCUGAGCAACGGUACCGUUCGUCAGAUGUGACCAAAGAGGACAGAUUGGUCCUUUUUUUGAUGAAAUUGAAGUUGGGAAUCAGCUUAACAGCACUGGGUGCCAUCUUUGGCAUAAGGAAGUCGACUGCAUCGAGAGUCUUUAGGGUAACACUAGAUUGCCUGAGUGUGAAGCUGGCGAACUGGGUGUUUGUGCCUCCUCGACAAACAAUCAAGGACACACUCCCAGUGUGCUUUAAGGAGCAGUACCCGAAGUGUACAUUCAUUAUUGAUUGUACUGAGGUCCGUACGGAAACGCCUACAGAUGCAGAAGCACAGCAUUAUCUUUACUCACAUUAUAAAGGGUGCUACACUUUGAAGUGGCUUGUGGCGAUCCUGCCGAACGGAAUGGUAUCGUUUCUUUCAGGGGUCUACGGUGGAAGACAUUCAGAUUCUUUUAUCACUCGUGAUUCUGGAUUUUUGACCCUCGUGGAGCCAGGCGAUGUCGUCAUGUGCGACAAAGGCUUUCCUGCCAUAAAAACAACCGUGGCGGAAGAGGGAGCUAUCCUCAUGAUGCCGCCAUUCAAUGUGGGAGGAGGGCAACUGUCUAAGCAAGACAUGGAAGACACUUUAACUAUUGCACAAGUGAGAGUCCAUGUUGAAAGAGCUAUCCAAAGGCUCAAGCUUCACAACGUUUUAACGAACCGUGUCCCACUUUCUUUGAUCCCGCACAUGGAGAAGGUGAUGAAGGUGUGCGGCGGGCUAGUGAAUAUGCAGAGCCCAAUCAUUAGGACUUGA